AUGGGAAGAUUAAGAAAGUUGGGUGAUACAAAGACAAAUGAUAUAGAUUUAUAUAGUUUUAAAGAUGAUGACAUUGGCGACAGUAGGAAACAACAAGAUGUACUAUUAGAAUCAACAACACCAAUAAUGACAACUACAACAACCACAGCAAAGAAUAUUAGUGAUAUAGGUCAACCUACAGGCCCACCUAUUGAUAUGGACGAUGGAUUGAUUACUACACCAACAAGUAGUCAAACUGUUGGUGCUGUUACUCUUAACGAUCAAUCAUUUUCACAACCAAUACGAUUACCUGCAUCAAUAAUACAACAACAACAAGAAGAAGAAGAAUUGGUAACAACCCAACCAAUGAUUAAUACAACUACAACUACAACAAAUACGACAAAUGAGGAAUUAGUACCUACACAACCAUUGGAUUUCGAUACAACUGAUAUCAUUGAUAUUGAUUUUGGAAGUACACAAUCUUUACAACAACAUCAACAACAUAAACAACAACAACAACAACAAAAAGGUGUACAAGUAUUAAAGAGUCGUGGUAGUAAUACUCUUUGGGUUGGACCACCUGUAGCAUCUGUAAAAUCAAUGAUAUUCUAUUCAAUCAUGAAAUUUAAUGGAGUUGAUUAUUACACUGAUUCAAUUGUAAUGAUUCAAGAUACUCAAUAUCCGGGUCAAGAUAGAGUUUAUAAAAUAUCAAGUUUUUGGGAGACAAAAGAUAAAUCAUCACAAUGUUUUAUAGAAUUAAUACCUAUACAGAGACCAGAAGAGACACCACUUGGAAGAAAGGCGUAUCAUGGCGAGAAACAACUCUUGCCAUCGAUAGAAUGUGUCAUUAAAAAGAUAUCGACUAUUAGAAAGAUGAUGUUUUGUACAGUAGAGAAAUACACGCAAUGGAUGAGUAGAACUAGUUAUCCACCAAACUCCUUUUAUUGUCAAGACAAAGACUAUGAAAUCAUGAUGACUAAAGGGUUCAAAAGACUAGAGUAUGAUGGUGUUUUUACCAUUCCUCUUCAACCUCUAAAUGAAAACCCAUAUAUUACUACACCACCAGCACCACCAAAUGUCAGUUCAAGUUUGGAAUCUUUCAAUUCUUCUGAAGGUAUCAGUCUACCAAUUGGAAAAAAGAGAAAGAAUGUUGAAAAGAAACAAUCAUCCUCAACAACAACAAGGGAUUCUCUUUCUCUAGAUUUUACAACUAUGGAUCAAACCGACGAUGAUGAUGAUGAUAUAAUGAAAUCAUUUGAUAAACAAGAAAAUGAAAAAAUGGAUGCAUUCAAUGGACUUAAAAAGAUUCAAAAUCUAGACGAGGAAGAAAAAGAAAAUGCUAUAAUGGAUAUUGAAGGAUUGGAUCGUGUUUUGGAAUCAUCAAGAAGACAAAAAUCAAAGAAAAAAGAAGCACUCGAUCAAUUAAAGGAAAAGAGAUCUAAAAAGAGAUUAAAAAAGCAAGGUGAUCAAGAAGAUAUGGAGUUGAUGAAACAACAUAAUAGUGACGAUAGUGAUGAUAACGAAAUUUUAGUUUUGGAUUCUUCAAGUGAUGAUGAAAAAAUUGAAAUUAAAUCACCUAAAAAAAAGAUGAUUAUUGAAGAAAAAGAAGAAGAAGAGGAGAUGGAGGAAAUGGAACAAGAAAAAGAAGAGGAACAACAAGAAGAACAACAAGAAGAAAAAGAGGAACAUUUACAAAGACCACAAUCACAAGAAAAACCAUCUCAAGAUCUUGGUCAAAAAUCAACACCUAUUGAAUUGGAUGAAGAUGAAGGAGUUGGAAUAUUACAAUAUGAUGACGGUCAAAAAGGACCACCACCAGCACACGAUUACUUUAAUGUUGAUUCUCCACCAACAAGUCAACCAACUUCUACAAAUACCACAAAGUCAUCAACCGAUACAAAUCAUUAUAAUGAUUUAUUCCAUAUGGACAACUUUUUAAAUGAUAAUUUGUCAAGUCAAGCAGCAACACAACAAAAAAGAGCAAACCAAAAGAUAUUCCGACCAUCACAAAGUUUGACACCACCACCCAAAAAAGAUGUAGUGACAUUUGUGUUGACAGAAGAGGAUAAAUGGAAUAUUGAAGAUUCAAAGAUGAAAUGGAUGAAUAGUGGAUUUGCAGAUCAACAACAACAGGUCACCAAUCCAUUUAAAAGCCCAAAGAAAAAGUUGGUAUUUGUAGAUCCUAUUCCAUCUUCUAUCGAUUCAAGCAACAUCAUUUUACCAUCACCAACAGUAUCUUCAGCAAUGAGAUUCUUGUACCAACAACAAAAAAAGCAACCCGACCCCCCUCCUUUGUCGUCGAUAAGAAGAUCUUCAUCGUCUAGUGAUAUUGAUGAAGAACAAUUAGAGAUUGAACAAGAGAGAGAAAGGGAAAGAAUGCAACAAGAUGCUUACAACAAACAACAAAACAAAGAAGCAAGGAAAAAGGCUAGUCAACAACAAAGAAAAAGAUCGUCUGGCAAGUCUACUUCUACAAUGGAUAAACAACCAAUUGUAGAUAUUUAUAAUAUCGAUUUGGAUUCACAAGAAGAAAAAGAACCACAACAACAAGAGACACCAACCAAAAGAAAUUAUAAAUCGAAAAAGGAUAAUGACGAUGAUAUGAUUUAUACUCAAGAACCUACUAGUCGAACUUCUCCUCUCAAAAGAAGGGCAUACUUUUUUGAUGAUGCCAAAAGUGAUGAUGAGGAUGACAAUGAAAAUUAUCUAUUGGAUGAUUUUGUUGUUCAAGAUGCUUCAAAUUCUGAUACUAGCCAAGAAGAAGAAAUUGUACAAAAGAAAAGAAAGAAUGUAAAAAAGACAAAAAAAGUAUCACCAAGAAGAAAUAGAAGAAAUGAAGAUGAUGACGACGACGACGAUGAUGGAUAUCUUGAUGAAAUUGUAAAACCAAAAGCUCCACCAAAAAAGAAAUCACCAGAAACAAAAUCAGACAUUGAUUUAUCAAGUCAAGAAGAAAAUGAAGAACAAGAUGACUCUGAACACGAGAAAGAAGGAGAAAAACCAAAAAGAAGAAAGAAAAGUCUUAGAAAACAAAAGCCAGUAUCAGAAUUUGAUGAUGAUCAAGAAAAUGAUAAUGAUGAUUUGGAUUUGGAUGAUUUUAUUGUUAAUGGUAAAGAAGAAGAACAAGUGGAAGAAGAGGAAUCGGAUCAAGAGGAAAAAAAGAAAAAGAAAAAGAAACAAAGAUCAAAAGAAAAAUGGAGAGGUCAAGAUCCAUUAUCUAUUAAAAAAGAAGUUGAUUAUUUAUUUACAAAGAAAUUAACAAUCAAAGAAUCAUUUGAAGUAUUUUUACAAUAUAUUGUCAGUUGUAUUGUUGAUAAAGAUUUUAUUCGAUCAGUUAAAAGUAAUAAGGAGGAUUUCAAUUAUUUUAAAGAAUCAUUACAAAGAAUAGAAGAUGUAGUAGUUGGAAAAAAGGAUAUUUUAGUUAGAAGUAGUGUUUGGCAACAAAAUUUUGUAGAUGAUUUAUUGUAUAGACCCAUUUACCAGGCUGCAUCUUAUGAGGCAACCACUAAUAGAUGUCAAUCUUGCAAACGUGCUACUCACUCUGUAACCUUUACUGCUACAUUGGCAGGCCCCUCUUACGAAGUAUCACAAUAUUGGAAGGGUGAUUUUACCAAACCCAAGUCUUAUGAUGAUGAUGCAGAGACUGAUCAUACUCGCUACGAAGUUGGAUCAUUUUGUCUAAAGCGUUCGGAAAUCUUUCAUCAACUACAUCAUUAUCCCUACACCAUGUACAUAAAUAUUCGUGGCCAAGUCAAGAGAUUCAUGCAAGACAAUCAAGACUCUGAACCCGUCGACAUUGUCAAUCACUUUUUAGAUGAUCCAAAUUGGAUACGUUCCCAUUUCCUCAGACUUCAAGCUAUGCUUGCAUCAGCUGAUGAAGUUGGAGGUUUGUAA